CAGAUAAGAUCAUCAUCUACGCUGUGAUAAUAGAUAUUACAUAUUGAUGUUUUAAAUUUUAGUAAUAAUUCAAAAAAUUUAAUUUGAAAAUUCAAACGCAACUUUGAUUUAUUUUUAUUUCAUAAUGAUACAUUACAUUGUAAUUUAAACAUUUUUCAUUAAGACAAGUAUCAUUCUAAAAUUAAAACAAAAAUUAUUAAAUUUUCAUAAAAAAAAAUGAAUAAUUUAUUAAUAAAAUCGUUUGCACAUCUAAAACGUUCAUCAUGGAAUAAUAUUCAUAUUCAAUCAAUAUCAUAUAGUGCUGUCAAAAAUUAUCCUCAACAUGCUAAAAAUACUUCCAAAGAUACAAAUGUAGAUCUAUUAAGAAAUCGCCUCAUAUAUCAAUCAAGGAAAAGAGGCACAUUAGAAAACUGCAUUAUCUUUUCUACAUUUGCUGAUAAAUACUUGAAAAAUUUUGAUGAUGCCCAACUGAAGAAAUAUGAUGCGUUGAUUAAUAGUACUUUUGAUGAAUGGGAAUUAUAUGCCUGGGCUAUUGGUUCAAAACCUAGCCCAAAAGAAUUUGAUAAUGAUGUUAUGCACCUACUUGUCAGUCAUACAACUAGAGAAAAAAAUAAUUCUUCUUAAAGUGUCUGCAGCUUAGUAAUUUUAGUUUCUAUAUUAUAUUUAAAUUUUUAAAAUUCAGUUUUCUAAUAUAUGAGUUCUUGUUAAACACUAUUUUGUUGAAUUUUGACUUGCAUGAAUUAGCCGUGUGUUUUGUUAUUUUUUUAUAAUUAUUUAUAUUAUAAUUGUUAUCUAUUAGACAUUUUAAUAGUUAUUAAAUUUUGUUUGGUAAGAAUUUAGCAUUUGUCAAGUAGUGAUUUUUUUAUAACUUAUUAAAAGUUCAUUAAUAUUAUUUAAAAUUAAAAAAAAAAUUUGAAUGUAUAUAUUUUUAUUUUAAUACCCGUAACAAAAUAUAAAAUUUAUUUUAAUUUUAUGUAUCAAAUCACACAAAACUAAUAGUGAAAUAUACUAUUCAAUAUA